CAGCGCCCUGGGCAGGGGCGGCCUGGAGGGGCCGUGGGUCUCGGUGUCCGGCCUGUGCUGCGGGCUUCGCGGAGCUGCAGCCUGGGCUUCUGAGCCGUCAGGUUAAGAAAAACAUAAGUUCGGGGUUCGUAUAUUUACUGCACCGUAAAAGAGAGGCAAGAAAAAUGAUAAAGCGGCCUUUACUCAGCUAUGGCUGCUGCACUGAAAUAAUUUUCCCAGUGCCUAAGGAACCUGAUUACCCGACACUGAAAUGAGGGAAAGCCAACAUUUUUGCUCCUUCAUGUAAAGUACAGCAAGCAGCUGUAGCUCACUGUCAUGGAUUGCUUGUGUUGGCAUUUCUGUAGUUUGUUGAUUUGGAUGUUUAUUUUUCAUCCCUAGAAUAAUUUAUAUCUUGUGUUACAAUUUUUGGAGUGUGUUUGGUUUUUCGUGUGAUCAUUAAGAGUCAGAAUAUUGAUAAUACCUGCAUUCUCUUUUUUAUUAUUCAGUAUAAUUUCUUUGAUAUUUUCCAAGGAAAUGUUACUUGGAAUUUCAGAGUACUCAUGGAAUACUUUUCUUUCAAGUUCCUCUUUUAUGAGGAGUCAAGGGAGGCAAACAAGCAGCAUGUGCGAUGUCAGAAAUGUUUAGAGUUUGGACAUUGGACCUAUGAAUGUACAGGGAAGAGAAAAUACCUGCAUAGACCUUCAAGGACAGCCCAAUUAGCACAAAUUCUUAAAGAAAAAGAAAAGCAACUAUUGCUGCAACAAAGCACUGGAGAAAGUACUGCAGAAAGGAAGACCAAGAAAAAAAGAUCAAAAAGUGUGACCAGUUCCAGCAGCAGCAGUAGUGACAGUUCAGCUAGUGAUUCCUCAUCUGACAGUGAAGAUUCUUCUACCUCCUCUUCUUCUGAUGACAGUGACAGUGACGAGAGCUCCUCCACUUCCUCAUCUUCUCCAUCCUCGAGUAGUAGUUCCUCUUCUUCAGAGUUUGAUUCAGAUUCUAGUUCCUCCAGCAGCAGCAGCAGCAGCACAGACAGUAGCUCUGAUGAUGAGCCACCAAAGAAAAAGAAGAAGAAAUAGCCUGGUAUGGUGCAGAACUGUUGUUUAGGGAAUGAUAACACCCUUCAGAGAUGUUCUGAGCACGUGGUUGCCAAACAGUUCAGCUGGUCAACAUUUCUACUGCUAAAACUUUCUAAAUGUUUUGCAUAGUUUGUUCAUAGGACAUGAAAGGUAUUAAAUGGCACGUUGAGACUUGCUGAAAGAGUAUUUUUGUGGUUUAUCCUUUUAUGGAAAAUUUAACUUUUUUAGUUCAAAACUCUAUCAUCAGAUUUGUUUAUAAGAGCUAAGGUCCAGAAACCUGGAUGUUUACAUGCUGGGAAGCUAAAGCUUUUUGCUGCAGGUCAUGCUGUGCAUCGUGUGCUUGCUGCUCUGUUGCUGCCACUUAGAGAACCCUCCAGGCUGUCAGAAGCAGAAGUUUCACACUGCUGGCUGGGGAGCACUGCCAUUCUUGAACCUGAAUGCAUCAUGUGGCACACAGAGGGCCUUCCAUCUCACUGUUAACAAAUGUAUUAUGUGCUGCUGAGCUUUUCUCUGAUGGCUUUUCCUGAUGCUUCCAGGUCGAGUCUUAACUGCGACAUAGAACCUUGGGUAGUGUUUGUUUGUUAGGGAUCAGUAUCCUGCUUGUACAGAGGCUUUGGUCUGUUCAGCUCUCCUGUCUCCUUAGCUCAUGUGUUUGUGGUGUUCUAUGAGACACAGAGUGUCUCUUGCAGCAGUGGCUGGGUAAGGAAGGGGAGCAGUGCACCGUGGAAGAGUUAGGACUGAUGCUGCUUGGGAGUUCCAUCUUUGUGCCUUUUUUUGUAAAUUAAAUGUAUCCUAGUGAGAGAAGGGCUUGAGUGGGUGUUUUUCAGAACUCCAUUAGCUUUCCAUAUAGAAUAUGGUCAGUAAAACCAGUACUAUUAAACAAAAAAUGGGCACUACUUUAAAGGAUAUAGGAAUAAGGCUACUUUGGAUGCUCAGUAAGAAAGAGAGUCUCCUUUCAGUAGAGGUCCCAAAGGGACCUUUUUGAUAUUUUUGCAAAAAAUUGCUGUGUGAUGCAAGAUGACCAAUCCGUGGUGACUGGCACCAGGGUCUGCAGGAUAAUCAGUAUUUCUGUCUGAUUGUGUGCACGUGUCUGUGGAAAUCUGGCAUGGGACAGGCACUUUAGUGCAAAAUAAAACCCAGCCCCAGCAAAAGCAAAAUCCAAACAUACUGCAGAACAUGGUUGCACAUGGAAAGUUCUUUCUUCUUUUGGUGGGUUGAAGCCGUUGGCAUUAGUAUGUUCAUUUGUGAUGCAGUCUCCUGAAUUUCUUAUUGUUGGAGUGCCCUUUUUUGGGGAGGGGACAUCACAUGUGGAAGAAUUCCUAAAUAUCUUGGUUUAGGCAAAAUAUAGUAACUAAACUAUUUUUUAUAUUUUUAUGGAAAAAGUAGUGUGUAGAAUUACUUUUGAAUAAACUGUGAUUAUUUAAAUGUUUGAAAAUAUAUAUGUUGUGUGUUUUGGUCUGUAAUCAUCGCUGUGUUUUACAGAAAACUCUGCAGACUGUAAAUAAAAUCGCCAGAAAAAUAA